AUGGUUACUGACAUCCUUCACCCUGGGAAGGCAACAGUAACUAAGACAGAAUUUCAGGAAAAACUAACUAGAAUGUACAAGGCCACCCCCAAUGUCAUCUUUGUAUUUGGAUGCAGAAUCCAUUCUGGAGGUGGCAUGACAACAAGCAUUGGCAGGAUUUAUGAUUCCUUGGAUUAUGCAAAGAAAAAUAAACCCAAACACAGACACGCAAGACUUGGCUUGUAUGAGACGAAAAAGACCUUAAGAAAACAGUGA